AAAGUGGCUACCAGGAUGGCAACCACCUUGCUUUCUAACAUGAUGUUUCUGCUGGCGUUUGGAUUGGCUUCAGCUUUCAGCCACAGCCCUAGGACCCCUGACAGGGUUUCUGAAGCAGAUAUUCAGAGGCUCCUCCAUGGGGUUAUGGAGCAACUGGGCAUUGCCAGACCCCGGGUAGAAUAUCCUGCGCACCAGGCCAUGAAUCUAGUUGGUCCACAAAGCAUCGAAGGUGGUGCGCAUGAGGGUCUCCAGCACUUGGGUCCUUACGGCAAUAUCCCAAACAUCGUGGCUGAGCUGACUGGAGAUAACGUACCAAAGGAUUUCAGUGAAGAUCAAGGAUAUCCUGACCCUCCAAAUCCCUGCCCUAUUGGAAAAACAGUUGAUGAUGGGUCGGGUGACUGCGUGCAUCCUCAUCCUCCCACUGCCCCCAGCCACCCAAAACCCCCCUUGCCCGCCAGCAGCCUGUGUCUGCCUCUCCCGUGGAAGAGCCUAGGACCAAAAGCCCCAGGGGCUGCAGCAGCCAUGUAUUUACAGACAGCGUUCCUGCAAGCGGUGAAGGCGCUGGGCUGUCACCGCCGCCUGAAGCCCGCGGAGUCAGCCUGUCUCCUGGACCCGCGCGAGCUGGCGUGUGCUCGCAGCUCUCGGGGGAGCUUCUCCCCCUGCCUUUUCCUGCUGCGGAGCAGUCGGGGCAGCGUUACAGUUCCCACCGACUUGUCCUUUCAAGGAGCCAGCACGCAUUCCUGA